GGCGGUGCCCCUCUCUGUGGAGCUCCCUCUGACUCUCCGCCCUUGGAGGCGUUUCAAAUAUCGCAGAGAGUAAUGAUCAAAUAUCGUCUCUAUCUAUUUAACGUUAGCUAGCUAAUGUCAUUUCGCCUACCAGAAAGAACCCCCAGUUGAAUUUGUAAGGCCUAAGGCAAACACACAGAGGUCAUAAUGGGUGACGACAGUGAGUGGAUGAAGUUGCCCAUCGACCAGAAGUGUGAACACAAGGUAUGGAAGGCCAGACUAAAUGGCUAUGAAGAAGCCCUGAAGCUCUUCCAGCGUAUAGAGGAUGAGAAGAGCCCAGAAUGGGGCAAAUACCUGGGCCUGCUUAAGAAGUUUGUGACAGACUCCAAUGCUGUGGCCCAGCUCAAGGGUCUCGAGGCAGCACUUGCUUAUGUUGAGAAUGCUCAUUUGGCUGGCAAAACAUCAGGAGAGGUGGUGUCUGGAGUGGUCAGUAAAGUGUUUAACCAGCCUAAAGCCAGGGCCAAAGAGCUGGGCUCCGACAUCUGCCUCAUGUACAUAGAGAUCGAGAGGGCUGAGGUGGUUCAGGACGAGCUCAUCAAAGGCCUCGAUAACAAAAACCCUAAGAUUGUUGUCACCUGUAUUGAAACUUUAAGGAAGGCACUUAGUGAAUUUGGCUCCAAGAUUAUUACCCUGAAGCCAGUGGUGAAAGUUUUGCCCAAACAGUUUGAGUCGAGAGAAAAGGCAGUCCGAGAUGAGGCCAAACUACUCUCAGUAGAGAUCUAUAAAUGGAUCCGGGAUGCUCUGCGACCUCCUCUCCAGGGCAUCAACUCUGUUCAGUUGAAAGAGCUGGAAGAGGAGUGGGUGAAGCUGCCAACAACGGCCCCUAAACAGAGUCGCUUCCUUCGCUCCCAGCAGGCCCUGAAGGCCAAGUUUGAACAGCAGCAGGCGGCUGGAGGAGACGAGGCAGACGGAGAUGACGAUGACGAACCUGCACCUCAAGUUGAUCCUUAUGAGCUGCUGGAACCAGUGGAGAUCCUCUCAAAACUACCUAAAGACUUCUAUGACAAAAUUGAGGCCAAAAAAUGGCAGGAGAGGAAAGAGGCCUUAGAAGCAUUGGAGACCUUGGCUAAAAACCCUAAAUUGGAGAACGGUGACUAUGGGGACUUGGUCAGAGCACUAAAAAAGGUUAUUGGGAAAGAUGCAAAUGUUAUGUUGGUGACCUUGGCAGCCAAAUGUUUGGCUGGACUAGCUGCUGGGCUCCGGAAGAAGUUUGGAACAUAUGCAGGACAUGUGGUGCCAACAAUUUUAGAAAAGUUUAAAGAGAAGAAACCUCAAGUGGUCCAGGCCUUGCAAGAGGCUAUUGAUGCAGUCUUCCUUACUACAACUCUCCAGAAUAUCAGUGAGGAUGUAUUGGGGGUGAUGGACAAUAAGAACCCUUCCAUCAAACAACAGGCCUCUCUGUUCCUGGCCAGAAGCUUCCGCCACUGUACCCAAGCCACAUUACCAAAGAGCAUGCUCAAAGCUUUCUGCCCUGCAUUUCUCAAGCAAGUGAAUGAUUCGGCCCCAGAGGUGAGAGAUGCUGCGUAUGAAGCUUUGGGUACAGCCAUGAAGGUGGUGGGUGAGAAGGCUGUCAACCCAUUCCUGGCUGAUCUGGAUAAACUCAAGCUUGACAAGAUUAAAGAAAGUGCUGAUAAAGUGGAACUGCUGGGAAAGAAAGGAGGUGGAGGGGCGGAGAAGAAGGCACCUGCUGCAAAGGUAGCACCGCCUGCAAAGGUAGCACCGCCUGCUGAGAAUCCAGCUAGAUCCUCUGGACCACCCAAGAAGGCCUCAGCAGCUAAGUCUGGUGGACCUCCUAAGAAAGGGAAAUCUGCCUCUGCUCUGAGUGCCAAAGGAAAGAAAGUUCCUGAAACAAAGGAAUUCAUAGAGACAGAGCUAUCGAUUGAGGUAUGUGAGGAGAAGUCGGCCGCGGUACUCCCUGCCUCCUGCAUGCAGCUGCUGGACUCUGCUAACUGGAAGGAGAGACUGGCCAGCAUGGAGGAGUUUCAGAAGGCUGUCGAGCAGAUGGACAAGAAUGAGAUGCCAUGCCAGGCUCUGGUCAGGAUGCUGGCCAAGAAACCAGGCUGGAAAGAGACUAACUUCCAGGUGAUGCAGAUGAAGCUCCACAUUGUGGGUCUGAUAGCCCAGAAGGGCUCCUUCUCCAAGACGUCUGCCUUCGUGGUGCUGGACGGCUUGGUUGAUAAAAUAGGAGAUGUGAAGUGUGGGGGUAAAGCUAAGGAGGGCCUGACUGCUACUGCCGAGGCCUGCUCUCUCCCCUGGACUGCUGAACAGGUGGUCUCCAUGGUUUUUGCACAGAAGAAUCCAAAAAAUCAAGCUGAAACCCUCAACUGGUUGUCUAACGCCAUGAAGGAAUUUGGAUUUACUGGCAUCAAUGUGAAGGGUUUCAUCAACAACGUAAAGACGGCGUUGGGAGCGACCAACCCUGCGGUGCGGACAGCAGCCAUCACCCUCCUAGGAGUCAUGUACCUGUACAUGGGUGCUCCUCUACGCAUGUUCUUUGAGGAUGAGAAACCUGCCCUGCUGAAACAGAUAGAUGAUGAGUUUGAAAAGAUGCAAGGCCAGUCUCCUCCAGCUGCCUUCAGAGGAACCAAGAAAGGAGGAGCAGAGGAGGACGGUGAGGAGGCAGACGAACAAGAGGAGGAUGGAGGAGGAGCACCUGACAUCAUGGAUCUGCUACCUAGAUCUGACGUCAGUGAUAAGAUCACACAAGACAUGGUGGAUAAGAUGGCUGAUAAGAACUGGAAGAUCCGUAAGGAAGGUCUGGAUGAGGUGGCAGCGGUCAUCUCUGAGGCCAAGUUCAUCCAGCCCAGUAUAGGAGAGCUGCCCAUGGCACUGAAGGGCCGACUCAACGACUCCAACAAGAUCCUGUGCCAGCAAACCCUGACUAUUCUUCAACAAAUAGCCGUAGCGAUGGGCCCAGCUCUGAAACAACAUGUUAAGAGCCUGGGCAUGCCCAUCAUCACUGUACUGGGAGACAGUAAGACCAAUGUGCGUGCUGCUGCCAUGACAACCCUGCAGGCCUGGGUAGAACAGACCGGCAUGAAGGAUUGGCUGGAGGGAGAGGACCUUUCUGAAGAGCUCAAGAGGGAGAACCCUUUCCUUAGGCAGGAGGUGCUGGGCUGGCUGGCAGAGAAGCUCCCCACCAUGCGUACGGUGCCCUCCGACCUGAUGCUGUGUGUGCCCUACCUGUUCAUUUGUCUGGAGGACCGCAACGGAGAUGUGAGGAAGAAGGCCCAGGACGCCCUGCCCACCUUCAUGAUGCACCUGGGCUAUGAGAAGAUGUUGAAGGCCACUGGCAAACUGAAGCCAGCCUCCAAGGAGCCAGUGUCUGUCCUGCUGGAGAAGGCCCGGGCAGUGAUGCCAGCCAAGCCUGCUCCACCACCUGGCAAAGUUGGCGCAGCCAAGUCUAGCAGCGGCGGCGCCCCCGCUUCAAAGUCAGGUCCAUCUAAACCUAAACCUGUCAUUGAUGACUAUGAUGAUGACGAUCCUGAGCCGGAGACUAAGUCUAAGAAAGUGGUCAAGCCUGGAGCAGCCAAAAAGGGUGUGCUUGGGAAGAAGGCCCCGGUCACGAAGGCCAAGGAUGAGGAGGACCGGUCUGGUGUCAUCUUCAUCCUGGUCCCCAAUGGCAAGGAGCAGAGGAUAAAGGAAGAGAAAGGGCUAAAGGUGUUGAAGUGGAACUUCCAGACCCCGCGAGAUGAGUACGUGGAUCAGCUAAAGACUCAGAUGUCCACCUGCUUCGCCAGAUGGCUCCAGGACGAGCUCUUCCAUGCUUCUGACUUCCAACGCCAGGUCAAGGCUAUCGGGGUCAUGGGAGAGCGAAUGGAGGAUGAGCUUGAGGGCACAGUCAGCUGCUUGGACCUGAUCCUGAAGUGGUUCACGCUGCGUUUCUUUGAGACCAACAGCACUGUGCUGAUGAAGGUGCUGGAGUACCUCAAGCAGCUCUUCCCCACACUGAGCAGAGAGAACUUCCACCUCAAUGAAUACGAGGCCUCCUCCUUCAUUCCCUACCUCAUCCUCAAAGUUGGCGAGUCGAAGGAUGUGGUGCGUAAAGAUGUGCGUGCCAUCCUCACCAUGCUGUGUAAGGUCUACCCUGCCAGCAAAGUCUUCCCAUUCCUCAUGGACGGGACCAAGUCCAAGAACUCCAAACAGAGAGCUGAAUGUCUUGAGGAGCUGGGCUGUCUGAUAGAAAACUAUGGGAUGAAUGUGUGUCAGCCAACACCGGCCAAGUCCCUGAAAGAGAUCGCUGUUCACAUCGGAGACAGGGACAACUCCGUACGCAACGCUGCCCUCAACACAGUGGUGGCUGUGUACAACGUCUGUGGCGACCAAGUCUACAAACUCAUUGGCAAUUUGUCUGAGAAGGAGAUGAGUAUGUUAGAGGAGAGGGUCAAGCGUUCGGCUAAGAAGACCCCGGCAGCUGCCCCACCACCCAACAGACAGACUGCAGAGAGGGAGAGGCUCCAGAGAGAGCACCCUUCCAACCCCAAUGCUACCUUCAUGAGGAAGCCUGCUCAGCAACCUCAGGAAGAAGUGCCCAACAAGCUCAACCAAGCGCGGGCUCAGAAUGCAGAACGGGAACACUCACACCCCUCUAUCCCCAAGGAGUUUCAGCUGGAUCUAGACAUGAUUGAGAACGACCACACACGGGUCAGUGAGCUGCCUGACCUGGUCCAACACAAACUGGAGGAACUGCUGGAGCCCAUCAUGAUGCCAGAGCCCAAGAUCCGCUCUGUGUCGCCCCACUUUGACGACCUCCACAACAGUACUGCGUCCACCAUCAACUUUGUCAUCUCCCAGGUGGCCAGUGGCGACAUCAACACCAGCAUCCAGGCUCUGGCCCAGAUUGACGAGGUGUUGAGGCAGGAGGACAAAGCGGAGGCCAUGUCAGGUCACAUUGACCAGUUCCUCAUCGCUACCUUCAUGCAGCUGCGCCUCAUCUACAAUACACACAUGGCUGACGACCGCCUCGACAAGAAGGACAUCUUCAAGCUCUACAGCUGCAUCAUCGGCAAUAUGCUCUCACUGUUCUCUAUGGAGAGUCUUGCACGGGAGGCGUCGAUGGGCGUGCUGAAGGACCUGAUGCACGGUCUGAUCACCCUGAUGCUGGAUGCCCGGGUGGAGGACAUCGAGGACGGUCAGCAGCUCAUCCGUUCUGUCAACCUGCUGGUGGUCAGAGUACUGGAGAAGUCUGACCAGACCAACAUCCUCAGCGCUCUUCUAGUGCUGCUACAGGACAGUCUUACCACUUCAUCAGGGUCACCUAUGUUCGCUGAACUGGUCAUGAAGUGCCUGUGGCGUAUGAUCCGGUUCCUGCCAGAGACCAUCAACAGCAUCAAUCUGGACCGCAUCCUACUGGAUGUUCACAACUUCAUGAAGGUGUUCCCCAAAGAGAAGCUCAAGCAGCUGAAGAGUGAUGUACCCCACAGGACCCUCAAGACCCUACUGCACACACUGUGUAAACUCACUGGAGCCAAGGUACUGCGCGGACACACACACACACACACACUGUGUAAACUCACUGGAGCCAAGAUCCUAGACCACAUGUCCAUGAUCGAGAACAGGAAUGAGUCUGAGCUGGAGGCCCACCUGAGACGUGUGGUUAAACACUCUGGAAACUUCUCUGGCAUGAAGUCUGACAGGGGCACAGAGAAAGGACAGGAUGACAGGAUGUCGAAAGCUAAAGUGAGCGACAUCCUCUCUGAGAUCUUCAAGAAGAUUGGUUCCAAGGAAAACACAAAAGAGGGUCUGACGGAGCUGUAUGAGUACAAACAGAAGUACUCAGACGCUGAUCUGGAGCCCUUCCUGAGGAACACGUCUCAGUUCUUUCAGAGCUACGUGGAGAGAGGCCUGCGCAUGAUUGAGUCUGAGAGAGAGGGCAAAGGCAGGAUCCAGCCUUCUAGCACAGUGAUUCCCCAACAUGGCCUAGACUCUGGCUCAGUGCCUCUGAACGGAGAGGAGAUGAAACCUGCUGUGUACUAUGAGAGACUGAAGAUACUGAGACAGAGACAGGGACUGGAGAACAACUCCAGGCAGGCUCAGCUAUUGCAGCAGGUGGAGGGGGACAGUGGACCGACGCGUCCCAUCACGUCCCUGCUGUCCAAGCCCUCGGUGGCCUCCUCCACAGACAUGCUCCAAAGCAAACUGUCUCAGCUCAAGGAGUCCCGUGAGUCCCACUUCCAGCAGGAGCAGUCCCACUCCCACAGCCCCACACGCUCCUCGUCCCCUGCCGCCAACCUUGACGACCUCAAGAAGAGGCUGGAGCGGAUAAAGAGCAACCGCCAAUGAGUGACCCCCUGACCCCACCUCUAUACCCAGUCUAUCCAAUGAGUGACCCCUAACCCCACCUCUAUACCCAGUCUAUCCAAUGAGUGACCCCUAACACCACCUCUAUACCCAGUCUAUCCAAUGAGUGACCCCUAACACCACCUCUAUACACAGUCUAUCCAAUGUGUUAGCCAGCCUCCACCCUGAAACCCACCGAGCAUUGGCUUUACCCACCCCCAAACCCAUCUCUUAUCCUGGCCUUAUUUUUCAGGGCAAUCCCCUCUUCUGUGUAUAAAUUGAAAAAAAGAACCUGUCAUUGUAUAAUAUUCUAUAAGUGGACUAGUUUCUGUUUAGUAUCGUGGCACAAUUGUUUGUACAUACUCAUGUGUGCUAACCACUCAAUGCUUUUAAGUGUCAAGUUAGGGUUAUAGUGUACAGUUUCCAUGUGCAAAAUGCUGUAAUAUGUGUAACUUAACCUGUCCUUUUUUAGGUUUUAGAACUCCAUGGUCAAACCAUAACAUUUCUCUGAGCCUCCAGCAGGGUUGGAGUGUGUUCCAUUUCAAUUCAUGAAUUAAACUGACAUUCCAAUUUUUUUUGUAUUGUCAUACAGAAGUAUUGAGGAAAAUCAGAAUUGGAAUGUCAGUUUACUUCUGAAAUUGAAAUGGAAUUGACCCCAAACCUGUUUCCAGGCCUUGUUAAUUUAUACCACUGUUUGCUGCACUUGCUAAUGAGCUUUUUCAUCUAUGAAGUUAAGACUCAUAAAACCUGAAGGAUUCUGUUCUCAAAGUGAAGGAAGGAGCAUGGCAUGAAGGAAUUCAUGUUUUGUAAAUAAAGUUUGCAUUACUAAAAUCUGCUGGUUUGAUGAUGUGCCCAUCUUGCGUACUGUAGCAGAAUGUUGCUCAUUCUGACUCAUUGUUUUUAUUUAAUUCAAAUGGAAGUAGUCUUAAAUUGUUGCUCUUAUGAGUGUUUAAUCUGUAGUGAAAAUGGCAAUAAAGCAAGUUUGUUUUUGAACAAACUA